CUCUUUGGACAUAAACAUUGUUUAAAACCAUUUUAUGUCUACUCGUGAGCAGAACCUGAACUGAUCCGGUGGUGACUAUGGGUGUGGACAACAUCUGCGAGCUGCCGGUGGAACUGUUGGAACUGAUAAUGACAUACAUCUCGUACGACGAGAUCGCGCGCAUCCGAGGCGUCUGUCGUUUGUUUGACUCGUGUUCACAACGACUCCUCAAUCGUGGGUUCGUUAGGGUUGAGAAAUACCACAACAUUUGCUUCCGAAGAGUCAAACAACAGCUCCCGAGACGAGAGUCCGAACGCAGGAGUCAUCCGCUCGCCAGACAUUGCGACGUCUUGUCCGCCAUCGAGACCAGACUCUCCCUCUUAGGUAUGACAUAUAUGAAGUACGUGGAGAUGACCCUCUGCUGCUUCAUUCCGGGCAAAGUGAUCGAUGAGAUCUACAGAGUGUUGCGGUUCAUCCAAAACAACCAAAACCCGCCGCGAGUUCACGAACUGCUUCAAGAGCUGCGGGACAUCUCGUCGAUGGCUAUGGAGUACUUCGAGGAGAAGAUCGCGCCCUCACUGAAGAACAAACUGUCCAACUGUUCGUCGAGUAGUGUCAUGACGAGUGUAGUUCCUCUGAGCACUUCAUCCCUGAAUUCGUGUCAUCGGGCGCUGCCCUCGACUUCCGGUUCGUCGCCUAUAUAUCAGACGCCGAGAAGCAGUCCUUUCGGAGACCAGGAGUCGAGUAAAACGAUUGUUAACAACAAUCUUAUAAAACAAAUGCAAACCUCACAAAACACUAUCAAAAAAGAAUUCAAUGAAAUUAAAGUCAAGUUAAAGGACUUCUCGGGUCUUAAGCGAGAGCUCACUUCACUUCAGCGCAAAGCCAGAGAGUCAGAGAAGGUGUCCGUAGAAAAGGAUCAGAUUAUCGCUGAAUUGAAGGCUGAGUUGGAGGACUUGAAGCGCCGUAUGACUGAAUACGAUAAGAAGAGUUCUCUUAAGUCCAUGAAAGACGAGCAACAGAUCCAUAAAGAGACCAAAACUGUCAAACGAAAGGCUCCGAAGACACCAAAAGGUAGACCCAAACGAUUGCGUAGCCAUUCAUCCGAGGCAUCACUUGUUGAACAAAUGGAUGACACGGAAGUGAUACACAAUACUCGGCGCCCGUAUGUCACACAACAGGCCGUCAGGACUCGACGCAACUCUCAGCCUAAGACGAAGUCUAUUCCCAAACCAAAAGCAGCGCCGAAACGAAAGAAAAGCAAUACUUCGAGUAUAGCUUUACGAGAAAAACGGCUUAAAAACUAAGUUAUUAUUAGUUAUUAUUCAUCUAUUUCUCAAUUUAUUUAAAUUAUUAUUAUU